AUGGCAGAUUCCGCGUCUGAGGAAGCGCAACGACCCCAGUCUCAGUCUCAGUCUCAGUCCCAGUCCCAGUCCCAGUCCCAGUCCCAGCCUCCACAGAAGCCCGCAAAGAGAGACGCCUUCACAGAACUCCUAUCCCCCAAACCCAAACACCCAAAACCGACCCCGAAACCGACCCCCACCCCCACCCCCACCGCCUCAUCCCACCGACGGCGCAUCGGCGGUCCCCGCGACGCCCUAGGCGCAUACAUCACGCAACCCACCUCCCACCCAAACACAGUAAUCUACCAAACGCCCCUCUUCGUGGCCAUCCACGACGCCUUCCCCAAAUCGACCGUGCACCUCCUGCUCCUCCCGCGCGACAGUCAAAAAACGCGCCUCCACCCGUUCUCCGCCUUCGAGGACCUCGACUUCCUCGCGGGCGUGAAAACCGAAGCCGCGAAACUGAAAAGGCUAGCGGCGGGGGAACUGCGACGCAUACACGGGAAGUACUCCCUGCAGGAGCGCGCAAGACAGCAGGCGCUGGAUAUCGAUCCCGCGCCAGAGGAAUUGCCAGCGGGCAGGGACUGGGAGAGGGAGAUCAUGUGUGGGGUGCAUGCGCAUCCGUCGAUGAACCAUUUGCAUGUACAUGUGAUUUCGGUGGAUCGAUUCAGUGAGCGGUUGAAGCAUAGGAAGCAUUAUAAUAGCUUUUCGACGCCGUUUUUUGUCGACUUGGAGGAUUUGCCGCUCGCCAAGGAUGAUGUAAGGAGGGAUCCGGAUGGGGAGGGGUAUCUGCGGAGGGAUUUGGUGUGUUGGCGCUGUGGGAGGGGGUUUGGGAAUCGCUUUGCCGAGUUGAAGGUACAUUUACAGGAGGAGUUUGGGGAGUGGAGACGGCUGUGAGGGCCAGGGUGGUCUGGUCUGUCUGAAUGAUGACUGGGGCUCAGGGAGCACCCGCGUCUGUCUGAUGGAGCUAUCUGGGCGUCCGAAAGAGCGGUUGCUCCAAUUACUAAUAUCAAUGUGACGUAAAUGUACACGCAAAUCCAAAGGC